AUGAAAGACACAGAAGAGCCCCCAAGACGCGCACUUUGUUUUUUAUCUACGUUGCUUUCCCAGAAGCUUCCCGAGAAGUCAGAUAUCGUGCUGCGCUGCAUUGUAUCCGGCCAGCCCAAGCCAGAGGUAACUUGGUAUAAGAAUGGUCAAGCCAUCAGUGAGUACGACAUUUCCUGUUAUGAGUUCUUUGAGCAUCAGUAUAUCCACAUGUUACAUCUCCACAGCUGUACCAAACAUGACGCCGCUGUCUACCAAAUCACUGCUAAAAACCACUCUGGAAUGAUCUGCUGUUCGGCUCACAUCGAAGUCGAGUGCUCAUCAGAAAACCCACAACUGCCUCCUAACCGGAAAGAUGACGUGGACACUGGUUGGAAACAUGAAACAGAGAUCUAUGAGGCGGAAAGCGCAAGACAAAUGGAUGAGAAAGGACAUCCUUACAAGGAAGAAGAAAGGAUCUCCCUGGGCACUCCCCUGUCAGCUGACUCCUCCCUCCCCAAAUCCAACCGUUCAGGCUCACUCCAAUUAUUGGCCAGUGAUGACAUGCAUAUUUCCAGUUCUGAAAAACCUCUGGAUGUUAAAGGAACAAGGAAAAGCCAAGCGGUUUAUGAUCCAAAUCACACGGAGGAACUUGCAAAAGGGUCUCUUCUCCAUAAUUCAAGUAAUACUCCCAACACUCAAGAUGUAGACUGGCACCAGACAAUGCAUUCCAAAGUGUCAUGGCCCAUGGAUGGUGCCCUAAACCAUGAGGACCCUGAUGAUGAAGACCUAAACCCUAGCCAUCAAUAUCCCAAAGUUCAGAAAUACAUUAGCUCCAGUCGGCCGCUGUCUCAGGCAGCCGGGCCCGUUUACCCAGGUAGCAGUGCCCCAGUCAACAAGCAAGUCUUUGCCCAGGUUUCCAGCGAAGACUCUGACAGUGAUUAUGAACUUUGUCCAGAGAUAACUCUAACCUACACCGAGGAGUUUUCAGAUGAUGACCUGGAGUAUCUGGAAUGUUCCGAUGUUAUGACGGAUUACUCUAAUGCAGUUUGGCAAAGGCACCUGCAGGGGACUGACUGUGUUUUUUUAUUAGAAAGCGAUGACGAAGAGCUGGAAUUCAGUGAGUGUUGCCUGGGUGGGUGUGGGCAUUUCCUCAGUGAAAUGGGCUAUUGGUCUCAGGUGUCAGAUAACACUGAGCCUAUGGAUGUCACCCCUGGCUUCUGGGGUUUUCGCUCACAACGCCAAGAAGUGGAGGUAAGGAGCAGCCAAGCCUCCACGGACAGCCCCUCAGCCCUGCAACCAGGGAUGACCCUUACUUUGGGCCCUCACCAGGAUGGAACGUUGACAGUGACAGACCAGGGAAGAUAUAAGCUUCCCACUGCCUCUGGGGCUGCUGAAAAUGGUUAUCCAGGAAUUCAAGGAGAAACCAGAGACUGUCGUCAAGCAGAAGAGGAAGCUGCCAGUGACAAUCUGCUAAACAUGGAUAAAGCACCAACGGAGAGGAAGCCUGGUGAGUUAGAAAAGUCAGGGACACACCAGAGCUUGGGGACUGCGGCUGAGAGGAGAGCGGGGGGAAAGGACUUAUUGAGUACGGAGGGCUCACAGAAGCCUGUCAGGGUGAGGCGACCAGGAAUUAAGGGCAAACCGAAGAAGCGGAACGCCCACCUGAAGGAAAGUGCAACGGAAGACACCUUUAAUCUCCUAUAUCCCGGACAACCUGCUAACCACCCGCUAACCCAGAGAGAUCAAACGGAGAGUUCUUGGGCCAGAGCGGAAGCUACUGAUCUUAAUCUCCAAUUCCAUGCAGAAGAAUGUGCGAUUUCACCCCGCACAGAGCAACAAGCAGAAACCCUUCAAACGCCAACAGACUCGCUCCCCAAAGGAGGAGAUACAAACGCCACGGGAGCAGAGUGGUGGCUUAAUACUCCGUGCGAAGCAAGCCAGGUCCCAGGCCAGAGCGAGCCUCCACAGGUGCGAAUUCAGCAAACAGUUGGAGAGAGAGGCUGUCUCAGCCAGACACCAGCAUCCGCAGGGCCUGUAGAGGAGGAGACCCCACUCACUGGGACCAAUGGGAGCUCCCUUCCCAAUUCCGGAGGGAUCCACAAGGACAAUGCAUCCCUGGCCCAAUACCUGGAGGUAGAAAGCUGGACUCAGAGCCCACAGCAUGAAGAAAAACAAGACCUGGAUAAAGGACACAAUGCACCUGGUGGCCCCUGGGGAGACCAGGAACUUGAGUGGGGCAUUUCAGAAGCUGAGGGUGGAUACGUGUUCCCCUGUGAGUUCUCAGAGCCUUGCCCCCAGGACGGUCACGCUGACCUCAUUGAGCCCAAGGCUCCCUCUGUGGCUUCCCCUGGACUCAGAAAUACCAUCCUUACCAUGGAAAAUAUGUUUGAUGGGCCAGGCAGCAGAGAAGGCGUGAGUGGCAUGGAGAGGUUUGAAGCAGGUGACCAUGGGACAUGUUGUGAUACCAUGGGCUCUGCACCCGUUGGUAAAUAUUUACCUCAAGAAAUUUGCUCCAUGGACCCAGAGCUGGCGGAUGGUCAAGGCAAAGCAUCUGAUUUAUGUCCUCCUGAUGACACGAAGCUGGAAGUCCUUCUGAACGCACAGAGUUCUGAUUCUCCACGGUCCACAUGCGAAAACGGCAAGGACAGAAGCCAGGCCGGGCCAUUGCUUUUUGUCAGCACAUUCACCUGGGCCAUUUCACAAGGGGCCUGUGAAGGCACCUCAGGGGGCAGUGUAGCAGAGGUGGAGAGCUCCACCUCCGUGGCAGCCUGCAGAAGGACUGACCAGGGGAGGCCGCUCCCCAGCCACACAGGGGGGCUUGAGGAAAGGCAGCCUCCUUCUUCUGAGAACAAUGCUUUUUUGCAAGUCAAAGAAGAAGAUGAGGAGACCAAAGACACCACAGACAUACCACCCAAGCCUAGUUCCAUGGUGACAUUUCCUCAGGAGAAGCCAACAACGUUAACUGAAGGUCUUCAGGUGACGAGGGAAAGUGAAGACACAUCAGCUAUGACCAUGGCUGCCAAAGUCUACCCCACCAAGUACCUUGCUGCUUCAAUUGCUGAAAACAACCAGGCAGAUGGCACUGAGGAGAACUCACCUCAGGCACCAGAAGAAACUGUGUUCCAGCUUCCUGCCAGUGUACCAUGGGGUCAUAUUUUAAAUGGUUCCACAGCUGAAUCAAUAAAAGAGAUACCUUGCAUGGUGCCCAGGGCACCAGAAACCCAUGCCCACGUUCUCCAGCUCUCAGAGGGAGAGAAAUUCUGUAGUAAUUUCCUUCUUCAGAUUGGUAACCAAUCUACAGAUAAGAGCCAGAUGGUGGACAGAGCAGACCACAGGACCCUUCAAGAGAAUUUCCAAGAAAAAGGAAGUGAAACAAAGAAGAAGUUCCAUUCAGAGAGCUCGCCUCACCAGAGUUCUCUUUCUGAAGAUAGUUUCCAAGAAAGUUUGCCCUCAACAUCUGCUGUACAAGAGGAAAUAUGCUUGACACCCUUGGACCACUCACCAAGAAACUUUAAGGAGAAAAGAGGGCAGAGCUCAGGCCUGGGGACAAGCAUCUCCAUGGUGGCUGAAGGUACUGUGGAAGAUGACAGUCAAGCUCUAAGCAAUGUUCUGCCUCUCUCUAACUAUCUCCCAGAGGACUCUACAGAGAGUGGACCAGGAUCUGGGGAACCAGGCAAUAAGCUAAAGAUUAUAACUCUAGAGGCUUCUGUUUCAGAAAUCUGGCCACCAAGACAACCAACAGAUUCAAAGUACAAGGAAUCAGAAGCUGUUCCCAUAAUUCCUGGCAGGAUCUGGGCUCUAUCUGAGGUUCUAAAGGCAGAUGCUUCAGUGUGUGAACUGGACUUAACUGAAACAGCAGUACCAGCCAGUAGUCCUCAGUGUGAGUCUCACUCAACCCUUGUUCAUAACAGAGAAAUCCAUGGAUAUCAAGAACCAGUCAGCAGUGAGGAUGGAAGGAGUCUUUCUUCUCAGCAUUUGAGCCAACUCAGACCCCUGGAGUCAUCUGUGGACCCUAUAGAUGACAAGGAAUCAUGUACCACAAAUUCACUGUCAGAAGCUUCCAAAACUAGAGAGAAGAAAAACAUUAACAAGAUGAGUCAAACCCAAGAGGAGACCCAACUCAAGGUGGAUCAACCUGCCUUCUUUAAACAGUUGCUGACCCACCCUCAAAUCCUGGAGUCAUCUGUUGAUCCCAUUGAUGAAACAGGUGUGAUGGAGUGGGCCAGGGCUGAACAACCAGAGCCUCCCAGAUCCACACCAGGGCUCACCAAAGAGGGGAGUCAACCAAAGGAUGGAAACUUGGGUCAGCAAGUAGAAGUCCAAUCUGCCAUCUGGCAUGUUCCAUAUCCUGAGGGAAGUGGGGAAACCAUUCCAAGUGAAAAGAACAUAAACCAGAACCAAGGAGACAGUGAGAGAGGGCAGGCUGAACAAAGUCAAAACGCCAAAGCAAAAGGGGAAGUCCAACCUGCCACUUUGCAAGUCCCACGACCUGACAAAGGUGGGGAAAUAAUUCCAAGUGAAUGCAACACACACCAAGUACAAGUAGACAGUGAGAGAAGCUUUGGGGAGGCAGUGCAAAGCAAACACAACAAAGCAGAAGUAACUUCCCCCACUCCACCUCCUUCUAGCUGUCUUGCAAUAAUGACUCAUGCCACUGUUGGAGUUGAGACUGAUGCCACAGACCAAAUUCAUGAUGUCACUGCGAAUGACAUAGCUAAGCAAAGAAAUCAUCAAUAUGUGUUUUCUGACUCGAAGGAAAGGGGCAAAAAUAUUGAUGACGAGUGCGCUAACCAUUUGCCUUCUUCUAGUGGGCUUCUUCCUCCUGAAGGAAGCAGCACCAACUUCUCAACAAGCAACAAAAUCGAGGAACCUAAAACAGAGGAGCUUCAAACUGAAGAAACCAAACCCCUAAACUCACCUGGCUCCCCAGCCACUACUUGGGCCUUCAUUUCAGGAGACUGUGUAUCAGAGAACGCUCCCAAGUCCUUGCACGACCCCUGUCAACAGGGCACUGUGGGCAGCAUGAAAAAGUUCAGGGAAGAAGAGACAGCAGGACCCAUGGUGACUAAACCUGGCAAAUUUCCAGAGGCCCAGCCAGCGGUGACUGGGUCUGAGGAGGCCAAGAAGAAGCAAGAAAACUCAGGAAGUGGACGUAUAGCUGAGGGGGUAAAGAAGAAAAUUCUGUCCAGGGUAGCAGCCUUGAGACUGAGACUGGAAGAGAAGGAAAAUGUCAGGAAGGCUUCAAGCUUUCGCGGAAAGAUCCCUAAACUCGAGCCAUUGGUAUCACGUUCAGAGAAGAAGGACCAAAAAGAGCCACCUUGCCGGAGAGGAGGGAAAGGUGAGGCUCUGUUGCUUUCUGUACGGUUACCUGGGGUCGGUGAGGCCAACGCCAACUCCCUCUUUCCUCCUGAGUACUUUGUAGUUCUGUUGGGUCCCCACUGGGAGGACAUCGGACUUUUCUGGGUUAAUAGACGCUGCUCAGUGGUGCCCCGCUUCAACUGGCGCCCAAGGCAUGUGCCCUACCUACCAUACCUUAGUGCAGGCGACCACUCCACUGUUUCCUUGGCCAUUGUUCAAGCCAGUCAGAAGGACCAGGGCUUCUAUCACUGCUGCAUUAAGAACAGUUACGGAAAGGUGACCGCUGAAUUUAACCUCACAGCUGAAGUUCUCGCGCAGCUCUCCAGUCACCAGGAUGUAAAAGUCAUGCCCGUGUUUGAGCCCGGCCAUGCCUGUGUGCUCAAAGUGCACAAUGCCAUCGCCUAUGGGACCAGAAACAAUGAUGAGCUCAUCCAGAGGAACUACAAACUUGCUGCCCAGGAGUGCUACGUUCAAAACACUGCCAGAUACUAUGCCAAGAUCUAUGCUGCUGAAGCACAGCCUCUGGAAGGCUUUGGAGAAGUACCUGAGAUCAUUCCUAUUUUUCUUAUCCAUCGGCCCGAGAACAACAUCCCUUAUGCAACAGUGGAGGAGGAGCUGAUAGGGGAAUUUGUGAAGUAUUCCAUCCGGGACGGGAAGGAAAUCAACUUCCUGAGAAGAGAGUCAGAGGCUGGUCAGAAAUGCUGCACUUUCCAGCACUGGGUCUAUCAGAAAACAAGUGGCUCCCUCCUGGUCACGGACAUGCAGGGUGUGGGAAUGAAGUUAACUGACGUCGGCAUAGCAACGUUGGCUAAAGGGUACAAAGGAUUUAAAGGCAACUGCUCCAUGACCUUCAUCGACCAGUUCAAAGCCCUGCACCAGUGUAAUAAGUACUGUAAGAUGCUGGGGCUGAAGUCCCUUCAAAACAACAACCAGAAACACAAGAAGCCAAGUGUUGUCGGCAAAAGUAGUCAGCCGAACUCCACAACAGUGAAGAAAACAGCACCGGGGACCCCAGCGGGAAAGAAGAGCUAG